GUUGCGGUCAGACAACAAUCAGCUCUUAGCAUGUUUGUGUGUGUGUAAACCUGAGCAAUUAACAGUUUUAAACUUAUUUUUUGGCAGCUUUAGCUUCUAAUACGAGAACUCAGAGGAUCGAGGACGGAUUUUGAGUGUAUGUCUUCUCCUUUUUUUAUAUUUUUCACGUCUUCGUCGGGCUGGAGGAAACAUAUUGGCUAGCCCCAGAUCCUGUGUGAGCUCGUAGUGCCAGAGGGGAUGGAUCCUCUGGGCGCUCGCUCCCAGUUCGUGGACAUCCAGACUCUCCCCACGUGGCAGCAGCAGCAGCCGGGCGAGGACGGGGAGGCGCCGCCGCCGCUGCUGGACCGCAGCGACAGCCUGUUCAACGACCAGGCCUUCCCCUCGCCCUUCCCCUUCAGGCCGGACAUCAACUGCAAGAUCAUCCUCUUCACCGGCGACGUGGCCCUGCUGAAUUGCACCGCCAUCGUGAACACCAGCAACGAGUCGCUCAACGACAAGAACCCGGUCUCCGACACCAUCCAUCAGCUGGCGGGUCCCGAGCUCCGAGACGAGCUGCUCAAACUCAAAGGAUGUCGGACUGGAGAGGCGAAGUUGACCAAAGGUUUCAACCUGGCGGCGCGCUUCAUCAUCCACACGGUGGGACCAAAGUACAAAGCCAAGUACAGGACGGCGGCAGAGAGCUCGUUAUACAGCUGCUACAGGAACAUCAUGCAGCAGGCAGCAGAGCAGUCGAUGACGUCCGUGGGCUUCUGUGUGGUGAGCACGGCCAAAAGAGGUUACCCACUGGAGGAUGCCACACACAUCGCUUUCAGAACAGUGCGCAGGUUCCUGGAGAAACAUGGGAACAGCAUUGAGACGGUGGUGUUCGCAGUGUCGGACACAGAAGAGCCGGUGUAUAAGAAGCUGCUGCCUCUGUACUACCCCCGCUCUGAGGAGGAGGAGAGGGCCUGCCUGCCUCUCAUCCCAGCUGACAUUGGCAACUCUGAGGGUGAACCCGUCGUCCCCGAGAGACAGAUCCGCAUCGCUGAGAAGCCAGGCACACUGGAAGAUGAUUGUGAGGAGGAGAACCUGGACUCUGAUCUGGGUCAGGUGGGGAAUCACGCCUUCGCGCGGAUGGAGGGAGACGUGGACAAACAGCGGAAACUGAUCUUACAAGGCCAGAUGUCUGAGGCUGCUUUACAGAAACAACACCAGAGAAACUACGGUCGCUGGCUGUGUCGAGCGAGAGCAGAGGACCUGUCCGACAUCGCCGCUCUGAAGGCUUUAUAUCAAACUGGUGUGGACAUGUGUGGGAGGACAGUCAUGGUUGUGGUUGGACGAAACAUUCCAGUGACGCUCAUCGACAUCGAAAAGGCUCUGUUGUACUUCAUCCAUGUGAUGGAUCACAUCACCGUGAAGGAAUAUGUGAUGGUUUACUUCCACACACUGACCGGAGAGCACAACCAUCUGGACUCCGAGUUCCUCAAGAACCUCUACGACAUCGUUGACACCAAGUUUAAGAAGAAUUUGAAGGCCUUCUACUUUGUACAUCCAACAUUUCGUUCUAAGUUCUCAACGUGGUUCUUCACCACGUUCAGCGUGUCUGGCUUGAAGGAGAAGGUCCGUUACCUGGACAGCCUGCAGCAGCUCUUCACCUGCAUCAAACCCGAGCAGAUCGACAUCCCUCCCUUCGUCCUGGAGUACGAUGCACGAGUGAAUGGACCUUACCAGUCCUCAGACACGUCCAGGCUGUGACAGGAGACGAGGACAUUCAUGGACACAUUCAUGGACAUGGUGUUGCCCGUGUGGUCUGAACUCCUAACCCUCCUCCUCCUCCUCCUCCUCCUCCUCCUCCUCUUUAAGGCGCCGGACCACAGUGGGCAAACUCUCCUUUUGUUCUGCUGCUGCUGCCAAAAAAAAAAAACGACGACAAAAAAAAAAAAAAAAAAAAUUAACGGAGGGUAGCUGACAUUUAGCGCUACGUGGCCAGACUCGCUCACCACAGACUAUUCGCGGAGCUGCUAUGGUUUCUGGAUUACGCCUUACACCGAGAGCUCUGAUUCAGCAGUUUUUCCCCCCCCGAUACUAAAUAUGAAGUAUCAUGACACGAAGCUCAAAGCCUCUUCCAUCGUGUGGUCACGUCCAGCGUCCUCGACUCACAAAAUCUGAAUAUCUAAAUCUGGAGCCAGACGGGGGGAACAUCACAUCUCUCUGGAUUUCCACACCAUUUCGUUGUGUCUAAUUAAGUAUAAUUCAGAAUUUGGAAAUUCCCACCUGCUGGUACGUUGUAAUAACAGACUCUGUUUCCCUCCAGACGGUAAAUUUAGAAGCUUGAAAGUUUCUGGUCCUUUUAUUAAAACAAUCAUUAUAUAAAAAAAAUUUAAAAAAUGAGAAGAUUAAUACCUCUCAUCAUGUAUUUGGGUUUAAAUAUGAAGCUACAGCUACAUUACAUGGUUAGCUUAGCAUAACAGUGGAAAUAAGGACGAGUUUGUUUCUGUGUUUUUAGUUUAGUUUAGGGUUUUCUCACCUUUAAUGAGCUGUACCUUCACAUUACAACACACACAUAUGAGAGUGGGAUCUGAUCUAUCUCCAUCUUCUCGUCUACUUCUGGUUUGACUGUUUUGCACUCGUCUUUUCUCUUGUCUCCACCGACAUCGUCAUCUCUUCAACUAUUAAUCGAUUCAAUCAGCUCCUACACAUUUAAUCUGCAGUUAUUUUGUUUUUGUUUACACCUGAAGCAAAAGGCAACCGGCUUCAAAUGUGAAAAUCAUUAUCUCUUUUCCUGCUUCAUAUUUUUAUAAAUUGAAUAAUUCAAAAAAAAAAUAGCUGUUAGCUAUUUUGGCUCUAUAAAUGAAUAAAUAAACCGAUUAAUUUAAAAUAAAUAAAAGAGACGGUGUACAGAUAAUGACAUUCUCCUUCUCGGCUGUUUACGGUUCUUUCUUUUUUUUUUUUUUUUAAAGCCAAAACUGAACUAUGAAGAGGAAAAGUAGCAGAUUUUCUUUUUCUUUUCUUUUCUUUUCUUUUUUUUGCCAAUUGAGCCGAUAUUUAUGCCUGAUCCAGAAGACUUGCCGACCAGACCGGAGUGGGUUUAACCCGACUGUUUAAAGCUUUAACCAGUCUUUAUGUAGCAGGGUUCAUCCGUCUAGCAACACUAUCACAAAACCUGUAGAUUUUAGACUCAGUCCUGUCUGCUGUCAAUCCACACAUUCUGAUUUCUGUUGUGUUUUCAUAUCAUGAACCUUCUUCAUCAUGUGGCUAUGUUUGCAUGGACUCUAAUUAUAAUAAUCAUAAUAAUAAUAAUAAUGAUCCUCAUAAAACUACUGACCUGAUCAGAAUUUUCAGUUUCAACCAAUUGUUCACUAGGAAAAUAUCAUCUCCUAACGAUGUCGAUAUUUUCUCUCUGGUUGGAAUAAAUCCAUGUUAAUUCUUUCUGGGCGAGUUGGCUGCAUGUAAACAUAAAGUGACAAAAUUCCUGAGGUAACAAAACAAACCAGAACAAUCAGCAUCGACGGUAGAAGGUAGCAGAAAAAAACAAAAAUGAUCUACUUAUCACUCGACUUCUAGCUCUGCUUUUGGUCUCCACCAACAAAAAACUGUAAAUUUACGGGAUGAAUUUCAAUAAACAACUUUUUCUAUUACAUUUCCUGCAGAUCCAACACUCCACAGCAGGAGAACCAAAAGUUGAGAGAUUUUAUUUGGUGAACACAUUCCAGAUCAGAUCAUUUAAUUUAGUGUCCAUGUAAAGAGUUAAACUGGAUUUAAGUUUUAAUUUGGAAUCAGGUGGCUUGAAGUGAAGUGUCGUCCAUGUAAACGUAGCCACAGACGCAUAACUUGACACUAUGAUACAGAUGGAAAAUGAACUACGAGGCUUCAGAAAUUGUAACUUACAUGUUGGAUUUUGUAGAUUUGUGCGUCCGUGGCCGCUGUCGUUUGUUUUCAAAUCACUGUGUAAAGAAAAUAAAGUGAAAUUGAAGUAAAUAAUGUGAAUCAACUAUGAGGUUACAACGUUUAGAGAAAGUGAUUGAUUUUGCAAGUUUUCUCAUCUCCACUGACAUUUUAUUUUCAUUCACAAAAACAAACAAUGAUUUGUCAAAUGUGUCAAAACAGUGUUUUUCUUCCACUAUGAACCAGAAUCCUGACUUCAUUAGCAUGAAGGUUAUUGUCCGAACUGUGACUGUUUCCGAAUGUAUAAAAUGAGCCAAAUCUUUCACUUCCUGGAAAUGUACAGAACCUUCUUCUCUAUGUAUAAUUUCCAACGUGAUGAAGAAGUGUGUAGAUGGUUAUAGACAUUAACAGGAAGUGGCUUCAAUGGUGGUCACUAUUUUUUUUUUACACCGAUUAAAAGACGUUUGUUUUCUCUG